AUAUUGCUCAAUGUCAAGAAAGAUUUUGAAAUUCAAAGAGAGAACUUGAUUCAACUAUGGAUGGCUCAAGGACUACUCCACUCUUCGCAUGGCGAAAGUAAAGAUAUGGAAGACAUUGGCAAUGAAUAUUUUGACAAUUUAUUGCAGAGUUCCUUAUUUCAAGAUGCUGGAAUGGGUCAUAAUGGCAUUGUUAGAGAAUGUAAGAUGCACGAUCUUGUGCACGAUAUGGCGGAACUUGUAUCCAAAUCAGAAAGCUUGAGGGGAGACUUACGUGGCAUAGAUAAUACAAAUGAGAUUCGACAUGUUGCUCGGGUUUCUACUUCUGUGUUGGAUAAACUUCCAAAAAGAAGUGCUAGGAAAUUGCGGUCGCUGUUUUUCGACGAUGGUGAAGUUCCUAGGAACAUUUUGGCACGGUUCAAAGCUUUACGUGUCUUAAAUUUAAGUAAUGCUAAUAUUGAAGAAUUUCCAGUUUCAGUUGGAAGGCUGAAACACUUGAGGUAUCUUGACAUUUCUGAAACAAAAUUCAAAUCACUCCCCAAGUCUAUAGGCAAGCUCUAUAACCUUCAGACGUUAAGAGCAACGAAUUGUGCUCUUAAAGAGUUUCCAAAAGACCUGCAAAACUUGACCAACCUGAGACAUAUUUAUUUUGAUAAGAGUACAAAAUUCCCCCAGGGGAUAAGUCGGCUAACAUGCCUUCGAACAUUACCUUACUUUUUGGUGGGUAAUGAAAUUGGUUGUCAAAUUGAAGAGUUGGCUGGCUUGAAACAUUUGAAAGGUGAAUUAAUCAUUUGUAACCUAGAGCACGUAAAGAAUGGAGAAGAAGCAAAGAAGGCUACGUUAGAGGAUAAGAAGGAAAUAUGUCAUUUAAGCUUCAAAUGGACAGAAUAUAGGUCAAUAACCAACAACAGUGAAGAGGGGGAUGUACUGGAAGGCCUUCGACCGCAUCCUGGGUUGGAGAGCUUACGUAUUAAAAACUUCAUGGGAGAUAGGUUUCCAUCCUGGAUGAUACUGCUCAACAACUUGAAGAAGAUUCAAUUACUUGGAUGCGACAAAUGUGAAGGAGUCCCACCGCUCGGUCAUCUACCCAAUCUUACGGAGCUUGAGAUUAAUGGAAUGGCUAAUUUGACAUGCCUUGGAGCUGAAUUUUAUGUUUAUGAUCUUGACCACAAUGUAGCCAAGACAAGUAAGGAGAAAAUUACUCUAUUUCCUGCACUAAAAGUAUUACAUAUUGUGAAGUGCAACAAUCUAAUUAAAUGGAUGGAAGCGCCAAUGAUGUCAACACAAAAAGUUGUGGUUUUUCCUUGCCUCGAGGAGUUGGAUAUCAAAGAUUGUUCCAAAUUGAGAAAUGUUCCGAGUCAUUUUCCAUCUCUUCAAAAGUUGGUGAUAAAUUCUAGUGAUAGUGGAAUGCCAAUAGAAGAAAUAAGCCGUGAAUUAACAACUCUUGUUUCCCUCAAAAUAGAAGGUAUUAAGGAGCUUACCUGUUUGCCACAAGGAAUUUUGAAGAACAAUAAUAAUCUCUCAUCUUUGACGAUAAGCGGAUGCGAUGAUUUAACUUGUAUUGCUCCCGAUGUAUUUGGAUCUUGCGGCUCUCUUAAGAGAUUGUCUAUUGGGGGGUGUAAAAAGUUGAGGCAUUUGCUGGAUGGGCUAGACACACUCCCUCUCCUUGAAUACCUGAGUAUUGGGGGAUGUGAUAGUCUAGAGUUGAUUCCAAUUACACAGGGCAUGACAUCUCUUCGGAAAUUACAUAUUAGUGAUUGUAAACAAUUGUCAGGCCUACCGAGUGGGAUACGGUACUGCCCCUCUCUCCAGAAAUUGAGUUUAAAAGGUUGCGAUGGUGUAACAUCAGGCCCACUGAUUGUAUGGGCCUCUCUAGUGGAGUUGAUGGUAUGGGAAUGCAAUAAUCUGACAUCAAUUGAAAUCAAAGGCGGCGUGUCCUCUCUUCAGAAGUUGAUGAUCAGAUAUUGCGAAGAAUUAUCAAGUUUACCUGCUCUUCCUCCCUCUCUUAAGGAAUUGUGGAUAAGUGAAUGCCCAAAGGUCCAAAGUAACAGCAUUAGUCUACAAUCUUUUUCAGAUUUGCGCACCUUCACCUCCCUUCGAGUACUGAUAAUUGUCCAAUGUGAAGGAUUGGAAAGUUGGGUGAGCAGGCUGCAGUUUCCACUCUCUCUUGAGAGUCUGACAAUACAGGAUUUCCCUAAUUUAGAGAUUCUUCCAAGUUUAGACAACCUCACUUCUCUCCGUUAUUUGGGGAUUGUAAAUUGGCGAAAGCUAAAAGAUCUGCCGACGGGGUUACAACGGCUCCCGCACUUGGAGGGAUUGAGCAUCGGUGGGUUCUGGGAGGAGCUCGAUUCCUUCCCUGAUUUUCAAGUUGGAUCAUUAAUGCACCUUACAAUGUUAUCCUUGUAUGGUUGGCCUAAGCUCAAGUCUCUGCCUCAACAAAUUCAACACCUCACUUCUCUAACAGAUUUGAGAGUACAUCACUUUGAGGGAGUGGAGACUUUGCCAGAAUGGUUGGGUAGCCUUACAUCCCUUACGCAGCUGUGGAUUCAAGAUUGCAAGAAUCUGACCAACUUACCUAGUGUCCAAGCUAUACAACGCCUCACCAAAUUACAUACCCUGUAUAUUUAUAGAUGUCAUCCCCUUCUAAAGCAAAGAUGCAGCAGGGACAGCAGCACAGAUUGGCCCAAGAUUUCGCACAUUCCAUUUAUCGUCGGUAAUUGUUUAAAUUCUUGAAAUGAAAUUACAGAG